AUGGUGUUAACUUUUACAGUUGCAGCAGCAAAUGAAUUUGCCUGCAAAGGACUGGAUAAGCUGGAGGAGAAGCUGCCAAUCCUUCAACAGCUAACUGAUAAGGUUCUUUUGGAUGCCAAAGAGCUGGUGACAGGUACCAGGGAUGCCAUGAACAGCAGAGUGACUGAGGUGCUGGACAAGACCAUGCAGGCAGCAAAAUCAGCAGUAACCAGUGGCAUGAGCACAGUCAUGGGCUCCAGAGUGGGGCCUGUGACUGUGAGUGGAGCAGAAGCCAUGCAGGGGAAAUCGGUAGACCUGGUGGAUCACUCCCUCCCCAUCACAGAUGCUGAACUAGCUAAACUAGCAGCAUCUGUGAAGGGGUUUGAGGUGGCUUCUGUGGAACAGCAGCAGAAGUACUUUGUGCGUCUGGGGUCUCUGGCCACUGAACUCCGCCAGCGCACUUACCUGCAGUCUGUGAGCAAAGUGAGACUGCUCCAUCAGAGUAUGCAGGAGAACCUCUCUCAGAUCCAGCACACCAUUGAUCUGACUGAGACUGUCAAGCAGAGUGUGGGUAAGAAACUACACAAGGGUCAGCAGAAGCUGCACCAGUUGUGGCUGGAGUGGACUAAGAAGGAGCUUGCAGUAAUUGACAAUGGUUCUGCACAGCCAGAGGUAGAUACCCUUGUUCUGGUCAUGUCUUGGAGAAUCACCCAGCAGCUGCAGACCAUAUGCUUGAACCUAGUGAUUCUAGUCCAAGGCCUUCCUACCAGUGUUCAGGACAAGAUGCAUCAGGCUCAUCACAAUCUGCAAGAGGUCCAUGGUGCCUUCUCCAAGGCCAACUCCUUCCAGGACCUGUCCACCAGUAUCCUGACCUGCAGCAAGCAGAAGCUGCUCAAGGCCCAGGAGUAUGUGGAUGAACUAUUUGAAUAUGUGGUGCAUAAGGCUCACCUGUCCUGGCUAGUGGGACCCUUUACCCUCUGUGGCAGAACCUCUUCAGAAUUGCAGUACCAGGAAGAUUGUAGGGCGGAGAUAGAUUAG